AUGUUUGAACUCAGCGCGCAAUUGGUGGGUCACACACAGGAUGUGAGAAAUGUGGUAGCGAUGAACGAGAGUCAAUUGGCCAGUGUCUCACGGGAUGGAAGCGUUAGGGUAUGGGAAAGGGAUGCGGAUGGAUUGUGGAAUGGUCAUAUUGCGUAUAUCUCUGAGAAAUUCGUGAAUAGUUUGACGUGGGAUGCGCAGAAUGGAUUUUUGUUCUUUGGUGGUCAAGACAUGAUAAUAUAUGGUGUGUCUGGGGUGCAUAGUAUGGACCAGGAGCCCGUGUAUGCAUUUGUAGGGCAUGAAGGUAAUGUUUGCUCACUUUCCGGAGGAUUUGACAUGUUGGUGAGCUGCUCUUGGGAUAAGACAGCGCGGAUAUGGCGUGAAGGGAAGGAAGACAAGGUUCUUAGGGGACACCUAGCAGCGGUUUGGGAUGCGAAGGUUUUGAAGGACGGCAGGGUGCUUACUGCGUCAGCAGACAAGAGUGUUAAGUUAUGGAGUGCUGAUGGACAUGUCCUGAAAAGUUUCGAUAAGUUACACUCCGAUGUGGUAAGGUGCUUGUGUGCUCUUGAAGAUGGCAACCAUUUUGUGAGUGGUUCGAACGACGGAACGUUGAAAUUGAGCAACCUUGACGGUACUGUGUUGCAUGAAUUUGUGGGCCACGAGAGUUUUGUUUAUGGUGUAAAACAGCUCCCAUCUGGUGAGAUUGUGUCCUGUGGUGAAGACAGGACUGUGCGUAUUUGGAACUUGGACGGAACCCCGAAACAGGUAAUCACGUUACCUGCGGUAUCUAUCUGGACAGUUGAUGUGUUCUCCAACGGUGACAUUGCAGUUGGUAGUAGUGAUAAAUUUAUUCGGGUGUUUACGGAGAGUGAGGAGAGACGUGCCUCUGAACAAGAUAUCGAAGAGUUACAUAAAAUGGUGGAACAUUCGUCGGUAAAUUCACAGACCAUGGGAUUCGACGAGUCCAAGCUUAAACCAUACUCAGACUUACAAAAUGCUGGUCAAAAGGAGGGUCAAAUAAUAGUGGUGAAGAAUCCCACGGGUGUCAUUGAAGCUCACCAGUGGUCCAACGGGAAAUGGGCUAAAGUCGGUGAUGUAGUUUCUGCGGCUGGUAACGACAAUAAGGUUGAAUAUGAGGGUGCGAAGUACGAUUAUGUGUUUGAUGUUGACGUCGAAGAAGGGAAACCCCCAUUAAAAUUACCUGUGAAUGCAAAUGAUAAUCCGUAUGAUGUUGCUGAAAAAUUCAUUCUAAGGUAUGAGCUUCCUCAAAGCUACCGUGAUCAAAUCGUCCAGUUUAUCGUCACAAACACGAAUUCUGCCUCUUUCGACCAAUCACAAGCAGCGCCAACAGGAGUACAGGAUACGACUGUUGGUUCUGGUGCUGUUGCUGGCUCUGGCCCUCGCCAAGACAUCAAUUACAGAAUACUACCAGUUAAACAAUAUUUGAAACUAACGUCCUUCGAUCCAGAUAGUCUAUUUAACGGUAUCGUCAAAUUAAACGAAAAGGAGAAGACUUUCGAUGAUGACGCCCUAGGGGCAAUUGGUACCGCAUUACAUGAUAUCGAUAACAACGUAGAAUUGCUCUAUGCGCAUGCAUCUAUCAUUAAAAAUCAAUGGAAUGCUAGUCACAAAACCCCAGCAUUUGAUAUCGUACGGAUCCUAGCACCAAAAUUACCCUCGAGCGAAGACUUGAGCGACUUUAUAGAGGAAGGUCUCUCUGAAGAAAAUCCAAUAUCUACAAUGCUAACCACAAGAAUGUUAGCUAACUCCUUCUCGAAUGAAAUAUGGGGUAAAGAGCUCAUGGGGAAACCAGCGGUCUAUGAUUCUAUUUUCCAACUUCUAGGAAGCGAUUACCAAAACUGCAAACCACAACAUAGGAAUAAUUUGGCAGUAGCAAUUGCAACUCUAGUCUUCAACUACUCUGUAUACAUCACAGAAACAAAUAACGUCAACGUACUCCCAAUCGUCGCUGAUGCUUUGAACACCAAGUACGGUACAUCUCCAAUGUUCCUAAACAGUGAAGAAGCUACCUACAGACUUCUCGUUGCCUAUGGGAACCUAAGCACUGUUGAACCAACUUUGCAUCAAUAUGCAAAAUCAAUCGCUUGGAUCAAGAGAGCAAAGGACAAAUAUGGUUACAUCAAACGUUUCGAAGAUAUACUAGAAGAUUUGUACAGAUGA